UGUUACAGCGGCCCACUCGAAACUUCGGCCGAAACAGUAUACGCCCAUCACUUCUCCUUCUUUACAUGCAACCUCGCCACGUAUUCCGAAACUUGGCGCUCUUUCUCUGCUUCAUCGCCUACCUCUCUCUUUCUCUCUCUAUCUUUCUCAGAAGAAAGAAGUGAAAAUGAAGCCAGAAAGCCUUGCUGCAUCAGCAGGAAUUAAUUUUGGACUAGCUUUGAUAGUUCUUUCGCUCUUCUCCAUCUUCAGGAAACAACCUUCUAAUGCUCUAAUAUACUACUCCCGUCGUCUCUCUAAAGGACACCGCGUUCCCUUCGAUCACUCUUUCACUUUCUCCCGUUUUCUCCCUUCUGUUUCUUGGAUUCCUCGCGCCUUUCGUGUUACUGAAGAUGAAAUACUCCAAACCAGUGGUCUCGAUGCACUCCUCAUUAUCAGACUCUUUAAGUUUGGUAUUAAGUUUUUUGGAGUUUCGUCGAUCAUCGGAUUGGUGGUACUUCUUCCUGUUAAUUAUGGUGGUCAAGAUGAACCAUCAAAAGUCUACCAUACCAUGGAUUCUUUUACUAUUUCCAAUGUUUGUAGAGGUUCCAACAGGCUUUGGGUCCAUUUCACAUGCUUGUGGGUUGUUUCUUUCUAUGGAUUAUACCUAUUGUACAAGGAAUAUAAUGAAGUUUUAAUCAAAAGGAUCCAACAAAUUCGGGACUUCAGACAUCGACCCGAGCAGUUCACUGUUCUUGUUCGACAAAUUCCUUUGUGUGUUGAACACAACGCUCUUGGGUGUUCUGUUGGUCAUUUUUUCUCUAAAUAUCACCCUGCAAGUUAUCAUUCUCAUCAAAUGUUAUAUGAUGCAAAAGAAAUUGAAAAUCUGCUGAAACAGGCAAAAUAUCUGACAGAAAAGAUUGAGGGUUUGCGAGGGAGGUCCACAGUCAAGAAGCACGGCAAAGAAUGCUUACUUGUAGACACAUCUGGAGUAGAUGCUCUGAAAAUUACCCUGCUUGAGGAAAAGGUUCAAGAAAUUUAUCAUGAUAUUCGCCAAUCACAGGGUGAAAUAAUGCUGAAGGGGAAGGAGUUGCCUGUUGCCUUUGCCACCUUCAAGUCCCGAUCUGGUGCUGCAUUAGUUGCUCAAUCUCAGCAGCACUCAAAUCCACUUCUAUGGAUCACUGAAAUGGCUCCAGAACCGAGAGAUGUCUCAUGGAGAAGACUGGCAAUUCCAUAUAAAUAUCUGCCAAUUUACAAAAUUGGAGUCAUUGUUUCAGCAUCACUCCUUACAAUUUUCUUUGCAGUCCCAGUUACAGCUGUUCAAGGAAUAGCCAAAUUUGAGAAAUUAAAGAAAUGGUUCCCUCCAGCCAUGGCCAUAGAGCUGAUACCAGGAUUAAGUUCUAUUGUAACAGGUUAUCUUCCAAGUGCUGUUCUCAAAGGAUUUAUAUACGUUGUUCCCUUUGCAAUGUUUGGCAUGGCUCGAGUAGGUGGUUCAAUCUCAAAGAGCAAGGCAGAGAUCAAAGCUUGCAAUAUGGUUUUCUAUUUUCUAGUGGGAAAUGUAUUCUUUUUGAGCUUGAUAUCAGGGUCCUUACUCGAUGAAAUUGGAGAAUACUUAUCUCAUCCUAAGAAUUUUCCUAGUCAUCUUGCCAGUUCUGUUUCAGCACAAGCUGAUUUCUUUAUGACAUACAUCUUAACAGAUGGCCUAUCAGGAUUUUCAUUGGAGAUCCUUCAGCCUGGAAUGCUCUUAUGGGAUUCUAUAAUGUUGCAUACAUGUGGACGAGGAAAGGAAGAAAAUCCUUAUCUUUUUUCUUUACCCUACUUUAGAAUCAUCCCUUCAGUAGCUCUGUCAAUGCUCAUUGGCAUGGUAUAUGCAGUUGUCUCACCGUUGCUACUUCCGUUGCUUGUUGGCUAUUUAUGUCUAGGCUACAUUGUGUAUGUCAAUCAGAUUGAAAAUGUAUAUGAAACUGUUUACGAGACGUCUGGGCUAUACUGGCCCUACAUUCAUCACUACAUAUUUGUCGGGAUCAUCCUUAUGCAGAUCACCAUGAUUGGCCUUUUCGGACUGAAGUCAAAACCGGCUGCUUCCAUAGCCACAAUCCUUCUGCUAUUGAUGACUAUAGCAUUCAAUGAGUACUGCAAGAUCCGUUUUCUUCCUACAUUUGGUCAUUAUUCUAUCCAGGAUGCUGUUGAGCAUGAUGAACUAGAUGAUAAGAAUGGUGAAUUGGAAAUUAAAUGUGAGUACGCCAGCAAUGCUUAUCGUCCACCUAGUUUGCGGCCUGUUAACUUGAUGAUAUCACUAUCAGAGUCGAGCCUCACGCAGCCAUUAGCUUCAUUAUGAUUUUAAAUUGAAGAAUCUUUGCAAUCUCAUUUGUUCUCUUUUUGUACAUUUAGUCUGAAAGUUUGAACUCUUCACAAAGUAAUAAUAAUAUUUCGAUGUAAUCACCCAA